UUUUCCUUUUGCACUGUUUUCCAUGACUCAGAGUACUCCAGGAGCUGCAAGGCACCAGCCAUGCUCCCUUCCCAGCCUCUCCUGCAUGCUGGGGUAUUCGCACUCGCAGUCCUUCAGGCCCUUGCCUCCGACACCUUCAUUGCAGCCGUCUAUGAGCACGCAGUCAUCCUGCCAGAUCCCACCGACAAGCCUGUUUCUCCCGAUGCUGCUUUGGCCCUGAUGAACAAAAACAUGGAUGUCUUGGAAGGGGCCAUAAAGGAAGCUGCCCAGCAGGGUGCCCACAUCAUUGUGACUCCUGAAGAUGGCAUCUAUGGCUGGCAAUUCACAAGAGAAUCCAUCUACCCGUACCUGGAGGAUAUCCCUGCUCCAGUGGUGAACUGGAUUCCCUGCACUGACCCCUCAAGAUUUGGUCCAGCACCAGUGCAGGAACGACUCAGCUGCAUGGCCAGGAAUAACUCCAUCUAUGUGGUUGCAAACAUUGGGGACAAGAAACCAUGUAACUCCAGUGAUCCCGGCUGCCCCAGUGACGGUCGCUACCAGUACAAUACGGAUGUCGUCUUUGAUCCAGAGGGGAAACUGGUGGCUCGUUAUCACAAGUACAACCUGUUUAGAGGUGAAACUCAGUUUAAUUACCCAAAAGAACCAGAAGUUGUCACCUUUGAGACUCCCUUUGGGAAGUUCGGCAUUUUCACUUGCUUUGACAUCCUUUUCCAUGAGCCUGCAGUGGUCCUGGUGAGCAAGAUGCAGGUGGACACUGUGCUCUUCCCAACGGCUUGGAUGAAUGUCCUGCCAUUUCUGACUGCAGUUGAGUUUCAUUCUGCCUGGGCUAUGGGCAUGGGUGUCAAUUUACUUUCAGCAAAUACUCACAACAUCAGCUUUGCAAUGACAGGUAGUGGGCUGUUCACUCCAGAAGGACCUGCCGCCUACCAUUAUGACACUGGAACUGAGGAGGGAUGUCUCCUGCUAGCAGAGUUGAGCGCAUACCCCUGUCUUUCCCCCACUUACCCUCCUGCCAUCAACUGGAGUUUGUAUGCCACAAGUAUCAAGAAAUUUCCAGGAGAAAAUGACACUUUUUCGGGAUCUGUCCGGCGGGAUAUAUUCACUUUCAGUGAACUCAGGCGCAAAACUGGAAAUUACACCGUUUGCCAAGGAGACCUCUGCUGUCAUCUGGUCUAUCAGAUGUCAAACAAGAGGAAAAACGAAGUUUAUGUCCUGGGUGCAUUUGAUGGGCUUCACGGUUCUCUUAUAAAAUACCAUUGGCAGAUAUGCACACUGCUCAAGUGCAAGAGCACAAACCUGGACACAUGUGGGCAGCCAGUGGAGACGGCUCAGACCAAGUUUGAGAUGUUCUCCCUCAGCGGCACAUUUGGCACCAACUAUGUCUUUCCAGAAGUGUUGUACAGUGGGGUGCAGCUGGCCCCUGGGGAGUUUGAGGUUCUACGUGACGGACGUUUGAAAAGUAAACAUGGCACAUCGAAACCGCUCAUAACAGCGACACUUUUUGGAAGGCUUUAUGAGAAGGACCUGCCACAUCCUCUGCGAACCUCCCAAUAACAUGACUCCUUACACAAUCACAAAGACAGGAGGGGAAUUUCCUCAUGACACAUAGCAGCUAUCCUGUAUGAUUCCUGUUCUGCAAUCUUGCACUUCUGCUCAGCGGCUGUGGCAGUUUGGUUUAUUUAGGAGAAAGGGAAGUGAUCACUCCAUUGUGUGUAACUUUUUAACAGUGCUUGAGCCAGAGCAAUUAUUUUUUAGUAUAAGUGCUCUGUCACAUGAAACUUUUAAGUAGAAAUUUCAUUUCCUCCAAGGUAUCAUGUAGAUUGCUAGGACAAGAGUAAAAAGAAGACUGUUACCAAAACAUAUGAAAUGUGGUUUGUCAUUUUACUGCAGAACAAAUUUUCUCCAAAGAAGCUCAUGAUUUCUGUUACUCCGUGUUCUGUGGCUUCUUAGCAUGCAAUUUUGGAGGCUCUUUCCAGGAAUUAUUU